GAGGAGGAAGCGAAGAGCGAGGAGAGGAAGGAAACGAGGAGAACGUCACGAAAAGCAGAAACGGACUGAAUUUUGUAGGCUUUUUCAUGGACAGUUCUCGAAGCUGAGGCUCUGCUCCUUCACAAAGAUGUUUUUGUUAAGGUGUCGGGCGUGAAAGCGGCAGAACAUUUGACCAAAGCAGAGAAAUGGAAACGUACGUAGCCCUCGACGCUUCGGCUGUUUACUGAAGGAUCCGAACCUCAUCGUGACACACGGAGCUAAAGAAGCUGCCACAUCCUCUGCACCUCCUUUUUUAAUGACUGAAAAAUACAUUUAGCUAAUCCUCCACGGGAUUUUGGGGACGUGUUGCAGCAGUUUUUUAACGGUGAGAUUAACAGGGGACAACGGUGACAAAUCCAAAAUGAGUGAACUGGAGCAGCUUCGACAGGAGGCCGAGCAACUUAGGAACCAGAUAAGGGAUGCAAGAAAAGCAUGUGGAGAUUCCACUCUGACACAGAUAACAGCCGGCCUGGAUCCAGUGGGGCGAAUUCAAAUGCGGACGAGACGCACUCUCCGUGGACACCUCGCUAAGAUCUACGCCAUGCACUGGGGUGCAGACUCAAGGCUUCUGGUUAGUGCCUCUCAAGAUGGAAAACUGAUCAUCUGGGACAGCUACACCACCAAUAAGAUACACGCCAUCCCCCUGCGGUCCUCCUGGGUGAUGACAUGUGCAUAUGCGCCCUCUGGGAAUUAUGUUGCCUGUGGAGGACUUGACAACAUCUGCUCCAUUUACUGCUUGAAGACACGUGAGGGCAAUGUCAGGGUCAGCAGAGAACUUCCUGGCCACACAGGUUAUCUGUCUUGUUGCCGUUUCAUGGACGACAAUCAAAUCAUUACAAGUUCAGGAGACACCACAUGUGCACUGUGGGACAUUGAGACGAGCCAGCAGACCACUGUUUUCACGGGCCACACCGGUGAUGUCAUGAGCGUGUCCUUGUCGCCUGACCACCGCACCUUUGUGUCAGGAGCCUGCGACGCUUCAGUCAAACUGUGGGACAUCAGGGAUAGCAUGUGCCGGCAGACCUUCACGGGACACGAGUCGGACAUCAACGCUGUCUGUUUCUUUCCCAAUGGCAGCGCCUUUGCCACUGGCUCUGAUGACGCCACCUGCAGGCUAUUUGACCUGCGUGCGGACCAGGAGCUCGGCCUCUAUUGUCAUGACAACAUCAUCUGUGGCAUCACCUCUGUGGCUUUCUCACGCUCCGGACGCCUGCUGCUGGCUGGUUAUGACGAUUUCAACUGCAACAUUUGGGACGCCAUGAAGGGAGACAGAGCAGGAGUCCUGGCCGGUCACGACAAUCGUGUGAGCUGUCUCGGUGUCACAAAUGACGGCAUGGCGGCGUGCACCGGGUCCUGGGAUAGCUUCCUUAAGAUCUGGAACUGAAUGGUUUCAUAAGCCAUGCACAUAAACGGCAAAAACACACUUCCAGACGGUCACUUUGGGACACGGUUUGCACCCUGUAUUCACACUGUAUGUAAGAUCCAACAAAGUGCAACACAGUACUGUACAUAACGUGAUUUUACACAAAGGCACAGUAUGCCGGAUGACACAAGACCUGCAGCUGAUUUACGUACACAGGAGCAAGGCUACACCACACACAGCCAAGGCCGUUAAAGAUUUAGAAAUUGUUUUAGUCGUCUGCCACAGCAUAUUGGAGAUGAAAAAAGAUUUAGAAAUUGUUUUAGUCGUCUGCCACAGCAUAUUGGAGAUGAAAACCAAGGUCAAAGUGCGGACUGUCAGCCUUAAUCUGAGGGUAUUUAUAUUAAAAUGAGAAGAAAGUUGCCCAUAUUUUGAAGCAUCAAAAGUAACUGGAUGAUUGGCAGCUGAAUUUCACAGCAAGGCGCGUACAUUCACGUAUUUAACAUAUCAUGUAAGCAGAUGACAAGCCUAGAUUGGUUUUCACAUGUUGGAUUUUGAAUCUGUUAGUAGUGUGAAGUCUGAAAACUGAAGCAAACCAUCAUUAGGCUGAAAAACUGAACACAUUAUGGAGAAAGAACUGCUUCUGACCAGAUAAACAGUUUAAAAAGAAAAUGCACCAGUGAGCCUGAAAACCAGCUGGAACAAAUGUGGUAGAUGACAUUUAUUUCCUUGUGAAUUAUUGACCAACAGUUGGCCAGAUCAAGAACACACUACAAGAGGUAGGGAUAACCGGGGCAAGUCUGCAAUCCAGAGUUCACCAGAGCAAAUACAGAGCAUUUAGCACAAUAUAUAAAACUAUUUGUAAGCUUCAGAACAGUUUUCCAAAAAAUGUCUAACAAACCAUAAAUCUUUAAUCUUGUGCAGUUGCCUCUGACAGUCGAGGUAGGACAGAUUUGGUCAAAACCUGAUUUUUUUUUUUUGGUCAUGGAAGUGCUACAUUUUGAUGCAGAUUUGGAAGUAGUUCUACAUCUCUCUUUCUGUACCAUUUGCGCGUUUAACAAAGAACCAGACAUCUGCCAUCAUAAAGCUUUAAUACACUAGCAGAGGUAAACAUGCUGACUGCUUAUUAAACAACUAAUUCUGUGAUGUUUAAGGUUAUAUUAUCUGAUAACAUUCAACCAGAUGCUUAAAGAAGUUAUAAUGUGCACCUGUUCACCAAAAUAAUGUGGACCACACCCAGGUACAGGUGUUUUAAAACAAUUCAAAUCUUCAGACAGAAAAAAGUUCCUCCUAGAUGGUGGUGUGUUGAAUCUUACAUAAAAACAUGUUUAGGUUUUCAGUGAAACUUUCUUUCUGCACCUGUUGCUUUAAACGUAAAUGAGCAUCUGCUUGCCAGGCCCACUCUCUCUUCAAAGAGGAGAGUUUGCUUUUUCUCCUCCUACAGACCAAGCACUAGUCCAGGCCAUGGACGUUUGUUACAUAUGUCACAGAAGUCUAGAACAAGUCAUUUCAGGCCUAAAUCUUACAUGCAUCACUUGUGUGCACAAACAAAAUCUUUGGAGGUUUGAGGAUGUUUUACACAAAAUGGCCACAUUAAGUAGAUAAACAGAUUUUGGACAAUGCCACCCCUUUAAACUUUCUUAUAGCGCAUAUCCAUUGAUCGGUUGCCGCUGUGCUGUGGUAGAUGGCUAAAAUAACCAUAGAAUAAAAAAAUAAAACAAUAAAUGGACCUGACUGUACACACAUCUGUAAAAAUGUACAACAUGACCAAAUACAGUUGAAUCUUCAGCUGCUUAAACACACGUUACCAGAAGCCUUUUAACACGUCUCAUACACUCGUUCACACAAACGCUUUGGGGUUUGUUUGUUUUUUUUCUGGAGUUAUCUGACAGUUCGGUCUUUGUUUACAAUGAUGCACUUCAGAUUAUGUUUGCCUUUUUGUUUCAGUUAUGGUGUACAGGAAUGAUGGUCAGGUGUUGUGUGGGACAGGGGGUGGGGUGGGGAGUGACUAACUAGAUGGACAAAGUCCAAGGAAAAUACCGUUUUUACUCCAUCUGGCUCCAAACAUACCUUCAUGUAGUCACUCUUUUAUAGAUAUGUACACCUGCAUCUGUUUUGUGGUUUCAGAUUUCUUAACUUUUUUUUUUAAGCAGUCAUUGUUUCCCUGUGUGCCUCAGAUACACUUUAAGGAUUAUUAAUAUAGAGUAUUGCUAAAGUUAAAAGAACUCAAAGAUAUGAUAUUUGGGGAAGUGGGGGGUGUUCUGACAGUUUAAUGAUGCAGGAGCCGACGUUCACUUUGUCAGUGUUAUCUGAAGAUGAUGGUAGAACUGUACAUAAUAAAUAGAUCUCGCCUCUCCUGCCA